AUGCCAAUUGAUCAACAGAAAUUAGAGAAGCUACAAAAGAGUGGCCCAAGAAGAGUCGGAGGUGCCAGACUCAAGCAGAAAAGAUCCAACAGAGAUGCUGAGGCUGAUGACACCAAAUUGCAAGCCACUCUGCAGAAGUUCAACGUCCAGACUUUGACUGGUGUCGAGGAGGCUAACUUCUUCAAAGAUGACGGAAAGGUACUGCACUUCAACAGAGUCGGUGUUCAGGCUGCUGCCAACUACAACACUUAUGCUUUCACUGGCUACGCUCAAGAGAAGAACAUCACCGAUUUGAUUCCAGGUAUUUUGCCACAAUUGGGUGCUGAGAACUUGCAAUUCUUGCAACAGAUUGCUGAGUCUUUGCAGAAGAACCCAGAUGCUUUGAACGCUUUGAAGAACCAGAACCAGGAGGGAGCUGAGGCCGAAGACGAUUCUGAGAUUCCAGAGUUGGUCGAAGGGGAGACCUUUGACAAGAACAUCGAUUAG